GGGGCAAGUACACCAUCGCUCUGUUUGGAAAGGGAUUGCAGGAAACCUCCUUUUUCUUCAAUGGUGAUAUAAAUUCUGAAAUAUUGUCAAACGAUGUUACACUGCAGGAGAACAGUUCGUUCAAAGUCAUCAAAACUGGUCAUUUCUUUGAUGAAAAAUAUCAGCACCCAGACCAGCUGGUUAUUGACAUCAUGGCUUUGUCCCAGCCUGGCCCCCAUCUCUUCAUAAUGGCAGUAGACCCAGAAAACACUGAAGAGGAAAAAGUUGUUGCACAAAUCAGUAAACUUCACACUACCUUUGGUGACAAUAUGACAUCACACCUAGUUAUCAUGUUACCAGAUGGCAAAACCUACAAUUCACUCAGUUACCGAAAAGAUCUGAACAUCAUGUUGGUAAUCUUAACUGACUCUCUGGCCAGUGACUGUAGGAAGCUGUGCGAUGGUCGUCAAUCAUUUCUGUAUGAUGACAGACACUACAGUCAAUACAGCCAAGACGUUGUGAAGAGAAGAAAAGCAACCUUAGAGGAGAGGAGAACUCACACACCAUCAAAGCAUAGGCUUACCUACAACUGGGAAGCAGAUGGCGGGAAAGAAAUUAUUCAUCAUGGCAGCCAAGGCAGUAACCCCAUAGUUCCGUCAUAUCCUGACCUUUCAGCCUAUGAAAGAGAAACACCUGGACAGCACAUUGGUAACGGUGUCCACUGUGCUUACGACGACACAUUUAACAUCAUUCUGCUUGGACUGACUAGAACUGGAAAGAGUGCGUCUGCAAACACCAUCCUGGCUGCAGGGACCCCUCAAAAGGAUUCAAGUCUGCAUUUCAGAUCUGGGUUCAGUUCCAUGCCGGUCACCACCAAAUGUGAGGCCAAAAUAAUCAGGUUAUUUGGGGGGGAGGUGAGAGUGGUCGACACGCCUGAUUUCUUUCAUGACGGGCUCCAAAACCACCAGGCCCAGGUAGAAGAGUGUAAGAGGUAUUGUACACACGGGCGCUGCUUGGUGUUACUUGUGAUACAGCUCAGCCGGUUCACUGAUCAAGAGGAAGGGAUAUUAGAGAAGCUGGAGAACAUGCUUGGCAUGAAGAUCAGAGAAAUCACAUUUGUCCUGCUGACCCACGGAGAGGACCUGAAAGAAAAACUGGAGCAGUUUGUCAGAGGAAAUUAUCGUCUCUGGAAAAUCAUUGAAAUGUGCGGCUACCGUUAUCAUCUAUUCAAGAACUCUUCCAAAGACACUAAGCAAGUCAGACAGCUCAUGAAGAAAGUGCGAAACUGGACCCGUAUUUUCACACAGUUAGAAAAGUCCUCAACACAAGCCAUGGGUUGUCCAGCGAGUUAGUUAUAUAUGCUCACUACUGAACUGAAAAUGUGUGAAUAAUAGAGCCCUCUAUGUAAAUAAGCACUACAUUGACAUAGCCAGUGUUGGGCGUGAACACAUUAAAAUUAAGGAUAAGGACAGGGAAAUGGUCUGUGGCCUCCACCUGCAGAACUAUUCCUUUAUAGAGGUUGUCUUGCUAAUUGCCUCUC